GCGGCUGGCGCGCAGCCGUGCUCCAAGUGCUCCCCAGCGGCGCCGACGGCGCCGCGCCGCCGUCGGACCCGGAGGUGCGGCGGCUCAGCGCGGCGCUCUGGCGCGACGUGGCGGGGUGGGCCAGCCGGGAGCACAGCGACCUGUGGGAGGCGCUGGCCCUCUUCGCGGCCGGCCCCGGCGAGUCGGAGUGGGCCUACGUGCCGCAGGCCGACCUCUUCCUGGUCCUGGGGGAGGGCCUCGUCGGGCUGACCGCGGAGGGCCUCUCGGCGGAUGUGGAGCCCGGGCACCAACGCCGCGCGUUCGAGCCGCCCCCCGUGCUGGAGCGGCUGCGGGAGCCGCGCCGGUCACGCUCCUCGCGCUCCGGGCUGCCCUUCCGGCGCCGGGGGCGGCGGCGAAGCGUGGCGAAAUCUGCCUCGGCGGG